AUGGCAGAAGAUCCACCACCAGUAACCAUUUAUCUCUCAAAAAACAAAGAGAUACCUCCUGAAUAUAGAGAUGACGGAAGUGGUAAGCUCAUUAAGGUCACAAGAGAUGAAGAACCUCCUAUAUCUAACUUUACCAGAUAUACUCACAAGGAUAAAGAUUCUGAUGGAAUAUCACCAUUCACACUAAAAGAAAUAUGGAAUGAUCAGAAUAAACCUAUUGCAGAAAUUAAUGGCACGUCUAAUGUAACCUCGGUUGAAGCCUAUUACUGGAAGCAUAACAAAACUAAGGUUCUCAUAGUAGGGAUUACUACCACUGAUAGAGGAACUACCUAUUAUGGGAAUAGAAAGAGUGCUGAUGGUAAUAAUGAGUGGACCAGACUUCAUGGAGGUUCUCAACCUAAUUUAAUCAAUAAUGAUCUUGAAAGGACACUGGAUGACUUGGUCUGUUCGAAUUACGAUGCAGUCACCUUGGAUCUUAGCAAGGGUACAUCCAUGGGUGAUCAAAAGCCAUAUUGUUGCCGUUGUACUUAUCAUGGUCCCAAGGGCGCUCAGCGGACAGUUUCUCUUUUUUCUGGGAAUAUCAAAGUAAAUGGUAGAAAGAUAGAAUAUUACAAACACACUGUCAAGACUGGAUACAGAGUUGCAAAGAUAAGGUACUAUGAUAAGGGUGAAGGUACUAUUGAUACUAAUAAUCCCGAUAAUAGAAGACGUAUAAAGUCCCCUGAGCUAGCUUUUCCAACCUCUGAGAUAAGAAGUGUCUCUGCAUUCUAUUGCGGAGGAAAUCCGGAGCUCAUAUACUUUGAGGGGAACGGGAGUAAUGGAACAAAUAAAUGGUACAAGAAGCCUCCUGGUAAUACUAAUGGAGAUGAAGACUGGACAGAAGUCUUGCUGGACCUCAAAAGUAUAACACCAGGGGAAUUGAGUAGGAAUACAGAAUGUGAGACAUAUAACAAGAUUGCUAAUGAAUUAAGUUGUGCAAGUACUGUAACAUGUCCUACCACUUCUACCGUGACAGUAGACUACGAACCUACUCAACCCUCAUCUCAACAAGAAGCUUUUGCUGGUGAACGAAAACAAAAAUCCAAAACUGAAGGUGUUAGAAGAGAGAAACAGAAACAAUCUGAAUCCAGUCCACGCUCAUCUAACGUUGCUGAUCCUAGAACUGAUGAACUUAAUGGUAUAGGUGAUGACAAACCUAAAGAAACUCUAAGAGGAGGAUCUGAUCCUAAUACUUGGCUUCAAGUUACUGCUGCUAGUCAAACUUAUAGAGGUCCUGAAGAUGGAGACUCAGGUGGAAAUGGACAUCCUGCUCCUGCAGGACCUGGUGAUAGUGCUAGUGGUGGUAAAGCUAAUGGAGUCUCUGAAACUCCUCCAGUACCUCCUGCUCAAGGUGGUCAAUCUGAACCUACUACUACUACUACUCAUACUGAACCUUCCCAUCCUACUCCUAGAUCUGCUUCUGCUCCUGAUGGCACUCAUGCUAAAGUUACCGAUCCUGUUUCUGGUGCUAUUCUCGCUGGCGCUGGAUACUUUUUUGCUACUUCUGCAGGAUCAGGUGCAGCGGGUUUCUUGGGAUACAAGAGUUAUAAGUUCUACCAGAGCUUUAAAGGAGAUCCUUGGGUUAUAUAUGGAUAUCCUAUGGAUAUUAUGAGAAUCCUUAUGGACUAUCUUGUAGAUGCCAAGAAUGCACCGCUGUGA